CCAACACUCCAAAUAACAUCUUAUGACCGAUUUACACCCCCAGAUCCAAAACCCGACUUGGAAUACGACUGCCGCCUGACCAAGAUUCCGCCGCGACAAGUACGCCUGGUGCACACCGGACUGGAUGACAAACUGCAAGACGAACUCAUGAGCCGGGAUGAAUUUCACGAUCUACUCAAACGUGCAGAGGAAGAGAUCAGAAAGCUUAUGGAUUCCCGGAAAGCACGAGCAAAAGGGGAAGAUGACGCGGCAGUUUUGAGAGUGGGGUGUCUAUGUGGAAGCGGCCAUCAUCGGAGCGUGGCUUUUGCAGAACAAUUGGGGAAGAUUGAGUGGCCGGAGCGAUGGGAUGUUAGAGUGAACCACAGGGACUUGACGGAUGAGGUUAGGGAGGAAAAGAGAAGCAAAGCGAAG